AUGGCGCUCGAUAAAUCAUCUAUGCUGUUUUUGUUGGUUGUUACGUGUUUAUCGUUCAAGGUAACUUAUGGCCAUACUGGUGUUAUGCGAGCAAUAUCAUCAUCUCAUACGGCCGACAUCUGUGUCUUGUAUAAUUCGCGUUACAUGUCACUUCCCAAAUCUUCCCAGAAUGCGACGUUCCAUUCCUUAGUUGGCAUUGGUAAAAAGAGUCAUUUUGGGUGUUUAUACGAUGAUAGCGAAACCAAUUUACUAAAGGGCAAAGUAGCGUUGAUUUCUUUCGACAAAGCGAAUUGCUCUUGCGUCGAUAUCAUCACUAACAUGAAUUCGAUGCAUGCUGAAGGCGUUAUACUGGCUAGUUACCAGUAUUUGGCAAAUCCGUGUCCAAACAUAACCAAGAAAGAUAACAUGACGAUCAUGAUUUUAGCUAUUUCAGCAGCAGCUGGAAAAUCGCUUCAGUCCAUGAAAAGUGACAUCCGUGUGAAAUUUUAUUCGCCAAUAAUUCCAACUGCUGAUGCUAAUUUCCUACUUAUAUUCUUCAUCGCGGUUUUUUGUAUAACAAUUGGUAGUUUACUCUCUGUCCCAUGGGAACGGAGAUGGCACGGGAUCCCAUGUAUUCAAUGUUGCCUUUCAAAAUCAUAUAAAUGCUCUCAUAAAGAUGGUGAUGAAUUACUUGAUCGAAAUAGUAGCAGAGAUGCACGAGAAAAUAUUAAAGAACAAAUAUCAAAAAUGACUUUGAUCUUUGUUGUGAUCAUCCUGAUUGCACUUUGCUCCACCCUUCUGCUACUUUAUUUCUUCUACAAUUAUUUUGUUUGGUUCAUUAUUGUCAUAUAUUGCGGCUUUUGCGUUUACGGAUGUUACGACUUAUUUCAUCCAUUCUUGUCAUAUGUUCAUUUUGGAGAUACGAGAUAUAGCUGGGUUAUUCAAGAUCUGCUUAGUUGCGCAUUUUGUAUCGUUAUUUUGAAAUACUAUGCUUUACCUAAUUUGAAAAACGGGGAAAGUAUUAUGGUUCAGGUGGCUGUUGGUGGAGGCAGAACAAGCAGCCAAGCCCGCAAUUGGACAACAAGCACUGUAAGAGAAGAGCUACCAUUACUGAUAAAAGUACCGAGAUUCUAUCAUAGUGCCUAUAUUGACACGUGUUUCGAUCCUAUGUAUUCUCUUCUUGGCUUUGGUGAUAUUCUUGUCCCAGGAUAUGUGAUAGGCUUGAUAGCUACAUUCGUUGGGCUUAUCCUUUCAGGCCGAGGUCAACCAGCAUUAUUGUACAUCGUUCCAUUAACUUUAAUUCCCACUUCUAUUGCAGCUUGGCGACGUUCAGAAUUAAAGCAGAUGUGGAAAGGGAAAUUCGAGAAUCGUGUUAGGUCAGCUAGUAUUGAAGAUAGUGAACAAGAUGAUGCAGAACAGGAUGAAAUGGAACGGGAUGUAGACAGUAACAACGACCGUGAACCCGGAGUAUUGUCCUCGAUGGUGUAG